UGGCGAACUUCAUCAGGGUGUUCUUCUUCUUCUACUUCUUGUUGUUCAUCGGGCCACAGUCAUAAGCCCUCCCCUUCGACCUGGUGGGAGGAAGACGAUCCACCGUGGAUGGAUCGAGUAUAUAAGAACGCUUGAUUCGACCUGGAUCCGUACAGACCAAUUAUCGCUAUCGUUUCGCGAUACAUCACCUCUCGUCAGUCUAGUGUUCGAAUACGUUGACCCUACAGGACUCCACUUCGCGAAGAACCUAAAGGAUUAGCAAGGAUCCAGCUGGCAGCGACAUGAGACCGCAGCUCGCCGUGACGUUACUUGCCCUGGCAAGUGUGUGUUACGCAGCACGUUUGGAGAACACGUAUCUUCCACCUGGUAGUGCAGGAACUGCAGGUGGAGCGGGAUUUAUCUCAACGCCGAAUAGGGGUGGUCCUGGUAGACCAGGACCUGGUGGCCCUGGUAUCGGAGGGGGUAAUUUCCAUGGAGGUGGUGGCCAAGUAGGUGGUGGAGUCAGACCAGGUGGUGGCCAAGUAGGCGGCGGAAGUAGGCCUGGAGGUGGAGGAGAUAUUCCAAUCAUCUCAUUCAAUAACGAGAACAGUGGGGAUGGCAAUUAUCAAUUCAGCUAUGAAACAGGAAAUGGUAUUAGUGCGCAAGAAACGGGUCAAUUGCAAGGAGAAACUGAAGCUGUGAGUGGUUCAUUCUCUUAUACUGGACCUGACGGUGUUCAAUAUUCGAUCACUUAUACUGCUGACGAAGAAGGAUUCCAUCCACAGGGUGCCCAUCUUCCAACACCUCCUCCUAUCCCACCGGAAAUUCAGCGAGGUGUUGAACUUUCGCUUGCUGCUGAAGCAAGAGGAGAAAAUCAGGAUGGUGGCGGAGGUCGUGGAAAUACUUAUCAAGGACCAAAUUCUUAUCAAACAAGUACAGGUGUGGGUCGUGGAUAUCAAUACUAAACAUCACAUUCGUGAAAAUAAAAAGAACGAAGUGAUGUCCGCUAGUAAGCUCGUUUUAUUGCAACGAAUACACUCUUAAGCGGAUCUAUGUAUAUAACAAUUUAUCGUUUAUGCUACUAUACAUAUUAUUUUUAAUUCCCUUUUUUUCUCGUUUUUUUUUGUAUUCAUACAAGAAAGAUACUCCCUUUUUCUAUUACAUUCUUCAUACAUUAUAAACUGCUUCGUUCUAAAUUCAUAAGUGAAUCAGAUGUGUUGUAGUUUGUAAUUCCUUUUUAAUUUUUAUUUUUUAUUUCUUUUCUUUUUUUAACAAGUUCGUGAAAUUUACGAUAUGAUAAUCGUAAAAUAUCUCAUAAAGAUAUA